AUGAAUCCUUUCAUAAAGGAGCUCCUAAAGAGCAAGGCUGUGGAGAGUAAGGGGCCUGCUCCUCAGACUAGUCGAGGUCGGCGAGAGAGUCGGGAGGCUGUCCGAACCACAGGCUUUCAGCCAUCAAGUUUCCAAGAACCAGCCAACCAGGGAACAUCCCAGAUCUUGCCGAUCUUGCUCAAACCUCUUGUGCCGGCAUCUGCUGAGCUCACGGAGAGGUCCCAGCCAGUAGCCCUCCCCAAACUGGUGCAGCCUCAACCCUCCGAGUCUGGUCUAGGGGCUAAUACGACAGACGGGAGGGACCCAUGUCGAGUCCAAGGCAAGACAUCCAAGGAACAGUUCUUGCCAAAGCUGCCUGCCGCUAAGCCAAAGACAAGCGCCAGGCUAAUGCCAAAAAGGAAACCGUCAGAGGGAGGAGCAUCUUCCUUGCUAGAAUGCUCUGAUGAGAAUUUCAGCUAUCUUUUGAACAGCAAGAAGCUACUGAAAGGGAAACCUGCCAGAGAAGCAGUGGAGACGAUGGAUGAGAGUGAAGUCCUAGACACCAUCCUGGCUCACCUCCAGCAGUCUCUCCAGCGGACUCCUGCUACAGACCCCAGACAAGCUACAAGGAGACUGACAGCAGCAGGCAUCUCUGCUGCAAGCCAGAAAACGGCAGGACCCCAAAAGAGCCCCAAAACACCUAGCCAAGAUAAGACUGCCCUUUAUUACUACUAUGGGGUGAAACUGCGGGAGUCAAGAAACAAAGAUUUGGUUUGUAAACACUUGCAUAUACUCCUGAAAUUAGCAGGACAGGACGAGGAUAGAGAGGCAAUCUCUGAAGCAGUUGGCCUGGUGGCUUCUUGCCAUUUGCCUGAGAUACUGGCCAUACUUGGGGAUUAUGGUCACUCAGUUCGUAAAAGGAAAUCUUUACAAAAACCUGGCUUUGAGAGAUGGAUGCGUGCUACUCUGAUGCUGUGCUACGGUUACGCAGCUGUUGGGGCAAAGGCAGAGGACAUGUUUCCACAAGCAGAACUUUUUGUAGCAGAGAUCCUCUUUCAGAUGCAAGGCAUUGAUAAAGAUGAGGGAAUGAAGCGAUGCUUCUUGCGGUCUGUGGUUAUGAUAACCAAAGCACUUCAGCACUGCGGGAAGGAAGAUUUCUGUGUCCCCCAUAAAACUGAACUGGCCACAGGCAUUAUAGAAGUGCUUGAUGAAGAGCCACUGGGAUCAUGCUCCAUUCAAGUUCUGCACCAGGCCAUCAUCACCAUCUCCUGUCUGACUGCCUGGAAGCCCCCAUUGGACUCAGACAUCAGAUCUAGCCUAGUGUGCAAAAGUGUGGAGAAGGUCUUCUCUCUGCCCUCUCUGGAGGUGACAAAGCUGAGAGCUGGCAGCCCGGCGCACCCCACCCAGACACAGGACUUUUAUCAACAGACCGUCAAUGCCUGCAACAGCAUGCUCACUGGCUUGCUGUCUGAGAGCCCUAAUACUGAAACAUUAAAGGAGAUAUUGUUGCAUACAAAUGGCUGGAUUGAAUCCCCCAAGAAAUACGAGCGGGGAAGGGCAGUUAGUAGCACCAACUACAUACUGAAGUUUGCCUCUGAACGCUCGGAUUUUGCUUUCACCCAGGAGUUCUCCUUGCUUGGACAUCUGGUGGCAAUGCUGUCCCUUCGCAUUGCUGACAGUGUGAAGGACAUUGGUAUGCAGGCUGCAGAGGCUCUAUACUAUCUCCACCGUAUCAUUAUGGGCCAGCAGGAGAGGGAUAUGGAGAAGAAACCAAAGAAUAAGAAAGGGAACAUUGUGAAAUGGUUCCGAGAAGAUUUUUUGGUUUCUGGCCCCUCCGUAUUCUUCAAGAAUCCCACAAAGAUCGCAAAAGCUUUUGGAGAGCACCUAGCUCCCAGCCAGAUCUCAGAGCUUGCACUCAAAGCCAUAGUCCAUCUCAGGCACGAAGAGGUGGCCAUCUCUCGGGGGGCAGGUGUGCUGCUGAGCUCCUUCCUGGAGGAAUGUGGGGUGGACGUGCAGGACCUGCCCACAAUGAUCAAGGACCUUUACCAAAAUCUUCCUGCUAUUACUGACCCUGUCACCAAAGAGGAGACCCUGAAAGCUCUGUGCAACUUAGCUUUGAAACGCCUGAAUGGUGUUUUAGACAGCCUUCUUGAAUGCUCCCUGGAAUGCAAUAAGAGCAUAGCAGAGAUGUGGAAGGCCCUGGCCUGCGAGCCACAUUUGCGCAUGAGGCUAAUAAGACCACUGCUCAAGAGGCUGAAGGAUAAAGAGUCUCUUUCAGACAUCGACCAGAGGCGUCACAGCACAUCUCUUGUGCCUAUCGCAGCUACCAACGCUUUGUGUUUGAUCCUCUCCUCACCUGAGCCUGUGGAUGAGAUCCAGGGCACAUUUGCCCACUUGCUCAUUGCCCUGGUUACGCAGAUCUAUAUGGUCAUCGGAACAGGAAGGAGAGGAUCCAACAGCUCAAGUAAUGCUGAGUUCCCUGACACCCCACUGGGCUCUGCCAUCCAGGCUCUGAAAAACCUGAUUACAUGUGCAAGCUAUGGAAAGGAGUACAACAUUCUGGGGACGCAAGGCUGUUGGGACAUGCUGGCCACCCCAGAGAAUUUCUUUGAAGGCCUUUUUCAGCUUAUGAGGGUUUUGUUUGAAUAUAACAAAAUGCACCUCAACGUGACUUUCAAAUUGGCCUAUACAUACCUGCACCGUCCACACAUUAAGGAGAGGACGAUUGGGAUGGCCUGCUUCACCGAGCUUCUUUUCCACAGAGAGAUUGGCCCAUUGUAUGUCAAGCAAGACAUCCUGGAUGUCCUCCGAGAAUGGAUGGGGCAGCCCUGCCCGCUCAUGCAGAUCCUCAGUAUCCGAGGGCUGGGGUACUUUCUGCAGCAUUCCUUCAAGGAGAAGGCUCUGGAGCCCUUCCUCUCUCCCCUGCUGACCUGUGCCUUAGAUUCUGACAGGAACGUUGCCAAAGAGUCCAUUAAGACCCUCCACAAUAUGUUCCGGCACUUGGACACAAAGGAUUAUGCACCCAUGGGGUUGACCCUCAUCCCUCAUCUCCUGAGGUACUUUAAUGACCAUGACAGUGAAAUGCGGGCUUCUUCCAUUGGUCUGUUUGGGAUGAUGUUGAAGGGAAUGAAAGAUGGCCCCAAACAGAGCCUGAAGGAAGACGUUUCCAAAGCCUUUGUUCCCCUCUUAGUUCAACUGACGGACCCUUGGACCAGGGUAGUCUCUAAGGAUGCAUUUGCCACCUGUAUCCACUAUAUGAACUGGGGAGACAUGCCCAAAGAUCUUGGAGAGCUUGAUCCCAAUUUUGCCCCCUUCUAUGUUUAUAGAACCAUCUGCAAGUACAUUAUGCAGAAGAACAGAGAGAAGUUACCAGAAAUGGCAGCCCAGAUGGUAGACUCUCUGAAGAGCAGGUUCACUUCCCACCGAGAGGCAGCGGCCAUACUGAUCGGGUGCAACGCACAUUACAUGAAGCAAGAUUUGUCCACCAAAGAAAUUGAAAAUAUUUAUAUGACUCUCCGAGAGCUCCAAGCAGACCACGAACCCACUGUGGCCAAGACUGCUGCUGAGGCCAUUGAGGAGUUCCUGAGACACUGUGGGCAUCGGGUCAAUCCUAAAACCAUCCACAGCACAUCUGUCCGGAGAAGCAGCAUGGCGAGUGAGACCAGAAAGUGAAGGAAAACAUAAUGAGCAAGAUCUUUAUUUUUAUUUUUUUUUAA